GGAAUUAUGGCGUCCGCUUCCGAACGACAACAAGCCCUGAGUUGCGAGCAGUAAGCUUCAACCAACUAAGAUCUCAUGUUAUUACCGUGAUUUCGUGAUCGUGACAGAAUGGAUGAAUUCAAGGCAACGUAUCUGCGCUUGUGUAAGGACAAUCAUGUAGAGCCGCAAGACUCAGUUGUUGAGUUGUUACGGAGCUGCAAGCACAGUCCCGGGUCAACAAGAUCACGGUUGGACCUAUCUACAACAAGUUUAUCUACAGAGACCUGUGCUGUGUUGGGAAAAGCCUUGUCUGCUGACAGACUCUUUGUCGAAGUCAAAUUGGCAGAUUGUAUGAUUGGAGAUGAAGGGGUAAAAUUAUUGGCUUAUGGUAUGUCAUCGAAUGUCGCAACAAAAACAUUGGAUUUGAAAGGAAAUAACAUACGUGGUGCAGGAGCAGAAGCACUCGGUAAAAUGAUGCGACAUAAUCAUACCCUGAAAAGUUUGGUUUUAGAAUGGAACUCUCUGGGAAUGUGGGAGAACUCCUUUGCAGCAUUUGCUGAAGGCAUUGCUUCUAAUAAUACCCUGGAAUUACUGGAUUUGAGGAAUAAUCAGAUAGGCCAUGACUCUGCCGGUGAACUUGGAGUAGCUUUGCAAAGGAAUACAACUCUCAAACAUAUAGAUUUGAGAUGGAACAACUGUGGAUUAUUGGGUGGCAGAGCACUUCUUACAUCACUGCAGCAUAAUAGAUCAUUAACAAGAAUUGAUAUGGCUGGUAAUAAUAUACCACAGGAUAUUGUCAAAGCAAUAGAGGUGGCCCUAGCUAGCAACGAAGACAGAGAAUCAGUUACUAAUCAACAUAAGACACGGCAAGAAAUACUCAGCAGAGAAAUCAGACAGCUAAAAAAUGAGAAGAGACAACAGGUUUCCGACUUAAUGGAUAGACUUGAUCAUCAGCAAGACUCCAUGGGUAGGUCAAAUAGGAAUACGUCAUACCGGAUUGGACAAUUACAGGAAGCAUUGGAGGAAAGAAAAACAGCUUUUAAGUCAAUAGCUGCAAAAUUGUCUAUGACAGAAGCAUCUAAUGCCCUAGCAGAACAAAAAGCCAGAGAGUUGGCUGACUUGGUGGAAAGGGUAAGACAAGAUAAUUCAGAGAUGGUGGUAAAGCACCAAGAGGAACUCAGAUUAGAAAGAGAUGAAAAACACUCAUCUGAAAACAAGCUAAUAAAAGAGCUAUCAGAUACUCAAGACAGAAACAUGAAAUUGGAAAAUAGAGUCGAUGAAUUGGAACGAAAGUGUCAACAGCAACAAGAACAGAUAUAUGAAUUAAAAGAAGAUAUUACUGAAAAAAAUGCUGAGAUGAAAGUAAAAGCCACUCAAGCAGAUGAGAAAAUAAGUGUUGAGAAGCAGAAGUCGAAGGAGGCCCUUCGAGAAGCUCAGCAGAAACAUGAGAAAGAGCUACAGAGAGUGAGAGAGGAUGCAGAGGACACUGAAAAAGCCUUAAAAGACAGGAUACAGAAAUUGGAACAUCACAGAUUAAACCUAGAAGAGGAAGUGAGCAGAAUAAAAGCAAUUCAAUUAUCGGAAAGGAUGGGACAUGAAGAAAAUUUAUUACAAACCAAGCAGAGAGUCAAAGAAGAGGAGCUACAAAGAAGUAAACACUUAGAAGACAAGAUCCGAAUGCUACAGAAUGCAAAAGAUGACCUACAACAGCACAAUUCACAACAAAGUCAGGUGGUUGCAGAGUUCCAAUCCAAAUACAGCAAUGCUACUCUUGAGGUUGAGUCAUUGAAAAGGAAGCUGGAGGACUUGAAUUUGGAAUUAUCCGGAAAAAGUAAUGAAACUAUAGCAGAAGUAAAUAAAGUAAAGUUGAACUACCAGAAACAGAUAAGUCGAAUGGAAUCUGACCUCCAAGAAGUGGAAGAUCUUCGCGAAAAAUGCACGAGACUUGAAAAGCAGAUGCUGGAACAAUCUAAACAACACAGAGAGACUCUGGCAGCUCGUGAAUCCGAGCUGUCAGUGUUAUCUGAGAAGUUGAGAAUGAAGGAAGCGGAGAUGGCUAGAAUACGUGAAGACGAAGCGCAACGUGUUAAUAUGUUACAGUCAGCAAUAAUGAGUUACGUAAGUAGCUCUAGAGCGUCACCUUCAGCUUCUCCUUACAAGUCUUAAACUCAUAUAAAUUGUUGAUGUAAAUAAUGUACAUUAUAGAUCUGAAAUAAAAUAACAUGGUUGACAGAUUUA